CGGAAGAUCUUCAAGGUCGACGACCACAUCGGCGUUGCGAUUGCUGGACUCACCGCCGACGGGCGAGUUCUCUCCCGGUACAUGCGAUCCGAGUGCAUCAAUUACAGCUUCACCUACGAGUCCCCUCUCCCCGUCGGCCGUCUGGUCGUUCAGCUCGCUGAUAAAGCUCAGGUGCGAGGGGUUGUUGGUUUUGUUGUUCGCUAUGUGAGGGUUUUCUGUUUUUACACAGAGUUGUCGCCAGGGCAGAGGCGGAAGGAAGUAGCGGUGAACUUGCAGGAGACGGAGGAGCAGAGCUUGCGGAAGCUAGUGAGGAUGUUGAAGGAGAAGAAGGAGCUUCGGUGGAGGGUGAAGAAGUUGAGAAAACACCAUGGCAGCCAAGAGUCAGGCUUGGGGAUGUUAUGGGGAUAUUGAACAAGCGAGCAGUUGAAGCAUCAGAGCUUGAAAGGCCGAUUCCUGAUAUAAGAACUGGUGUAAUUGGUUAUAGGGUUCUUCCUUGGGACUUGGGAGAGUGGAUAUGGCUUUUGGGGGGUUUGGGUUUUGCCUCUGAUUUUGCAAAGUAUGACUUUGCAGGAAGUCACUAUUGAGAGACGGUGCCGAUUCU